AUGGACGCGACUUCCCCAGAGAUGAUUGACUUCGUCAUCGUUCCAAUCGAGACUAUGGUCGCCUGCAUCUGCAUUCUCUGGCAAGUCGAUCAAGCUAUCAAACACUCCAUGCAGGAAAUCCACGAAGCCGCCGCAGGAUGGCUACGGCGCUCGCCUUUGUUCGAGGACACACGAAACGAACUUGCGCAGUACCUGGAGUUGCCAGCUGGAUUCUCCGCGAGCACUUUGCGGAUUAUGAACAACGGUGCUAUCUUCAACAGAUCAGCCGUUCUUCUCCAGCAGUCUACCAGGGAAUACUACCUCACUAUAACCAACCAGUACGGCUUUCUGUCCAACGCCGAGAGCAACAAGCAAAAAUAUCGCGCCUUCCUGACUCAGCUGAUGUGGAUGCGGGAGGACCCUAUUGCGAGGAUGUUCAAGUCGGACUUCAAGGGAGAGUUCCAAGACCACUCAAAAGUCACCGAUAUUGGGGGACUGUCAUAUCAGCUCGAGAGCUUCAGCGUUGCUGCCCUCACCGAGCGCGCAGACAACGACACCGCCGAGAGCGACGCUAUCAAGCUACCGACCCUCAAGUACAUCGCCAUCAUCGAGACCGACAACGAUAACAAGGCCAUCUUUGACCUCGAGUUCGCCGACGUCAACCAGGAUAAGCAUAAGGUCCUGGUCAUCGCGAAGGAUAUGUGUACCGAGAUGGUUUCCAAGGGUUAUGAGAGCAAGGUCAAGCUGCAGGACAUCAUGGAGAUGGCGGUCAAAAUGGCGAAGAAGUGA